GUACUUCCACAGUGUCAAUAGUCGAAGACGCACCGCUGACAUUGCAAAGACUGUGGUGCACCUAGCUUCCCAGAUCUGCCAGGAUAUCUGGCUUUUUCGGAAGCGGAAAGAAAGCCUCUUGAACAAGUCUCUUUCCAAUUCAGAAGUGGCAAAGCUCUAUGCUGAAUCCAUGCCGGAUACAGCGGAUGAUGAUGAGCCUCGCUCGGAUGAGACUGUGAUCCAGAAGGCUUGCUUGGUCUACGAAAAGAUUCUGUCCAACCAAGUGGUCGCCGGUGUCAUCUACUGGAGCGAGGAAGUCCAUGGCACCACUUCUCCAUUCAACAGCAUUGGCAAAUUGGUGGAGGUUCAG